AUGGGUACCAGUAGAAGCAAGAGGAGGAAGAAGCAGCAGCAGCAGCGCCAACAGCAACAGCUGCAGCAGCAACAACAGCAACAGACACCACCACAGGAUGUGGCAACACCGUUGGCAACAAAAUACACCACCGGUGCCACCACCACCACCAUCCGGCAACACCACCAGGUAGCACUGAACCACCACCAUCCACUCCUGUCAAGUCACCAGUGGAUCCUCCUUCAGUUCACCGACUACCUGUGGUUCCCCCACCAUCUUACCAACCCAGUGAAUCAGCUGUUGCAUCCUCCAACCUUGGCAAGCAUGAUACCACCAAUGAUUAGCCCACAGCUAGCACAACGUGGUUGGAGGCAUUGCACCAAACAAAGUAGGAGGGAGACCAUGGAUCGCCAGGCUGCUUUUGAGGCCAAGCUAUCCCAACAACAACAGGACUUCAACCAGUCUAGUGUCUACAUCCAUGGCUUGGUCCAUACAUUGAUGGACCAAACCAAAAAGCAACUUGGCCUCAUGGGUAUAGGAGGGAUCAGCCCUAUUACUUCCAAUGCAUCCUCUUAA